CGUUGGUUGGCUGCGAAAAAGGGAACGGAGGGUGAUGUGCAUAAUCAACGCAUAUUCUCUGAAACUCAAAGUCAAAGUAACCAUCGGUUUUGUUCACAUUUUCGCAACGUGUGUGCGGUGCUUUCAGUUAAGUAGUUUGGUAGAUUGAGGUUAGCUUUCGUGAUGGUGAUCAGUGUUGAGCCUAGUGAAAUGUUCUGGGACACUCCCAGUGGCCCGUACCAAGAUGAGUCUGUGGUCUCUCCGGAAUCGUAUUCGCUUAUGUUUUUCAUUAAAUUGUUAGAGUUGAGCAAUCGGAAUGAGGAUGAAGAGUACACCGUGUCGCUUCAUUGUGUUGGUGGUGGUGAUAGUGUUACCGGAACGUUGGCCAUUUUGAACGAGAAAAAGCCCGGCGAUGUUGUGAGCUUGCAAGCAGAUAAAGAAAAGUUUGUUCGUUUUUUGAAGGAAAAUUCCAUCAAUGUCCGCAUUAAGCCGAACGAUUCCACCGUUUACAAGGGAGUGUUGAAGUUGAACGGCUCUAAAGUAAUGAAUUUCGAGCCAGAUGUCGAAAGCUCUACACCGGUUGAGGAACAGUUCCCCGUACACGAUGACGCCGAUCAAGUGGUGGGAAUGAUAACGAUGAUACUUCAAGUCGUCCACAAUGCUUCGGCGGUGGAUCCCUUGUCUAACGCGGACGUUAUUUAUCGCAUCAACGAUAACAAGCUGAAAUCGUCUGAUAAACAGGAUGCGGACUUGCGUCAGCUGCUCGUUUGCACCGAGUGCAGCAUGCCACGGACUUCCAACAAUGGGUCAGGUUGCGAGUAUGAGAUUGUGGAUGGGAUUUUGCACCGUAAGGGCAUAUCCAGCACGGAAAGGAUAAUCGAGCAGAUCAAGGAUAAGAUUAAUCGUGCCAAGCUGGAUGAAACUUUUGAUCAACGAGAGUCGAUUUCUAACACUGGUAAUGAAGCGAGUCGCAAAUUCUGUGCCGAAUGCGGUGGAAUGUCUAUCUCUGGAGAAACUUGCAAAGCGGGUGUGCGACCAAGUCGUACACGAUCGUCGCACAAGAUGGCGCAAACCCGAUACAGUGCAUACGCUACCGGGGAAGAAGCUGCUGCACCACUGGUACACAUGAAAAAAGCUUCUAAAACUGCAAUUCGCUGUUGCGAACGUUGCAAGGCCUGUUUGGAUUGGCUUCCGUCUGAGUGUUGUUGUCCAAAGUGUGGGUAUAAACCAUCGAAAGAGACAAUUUCUUUAAAGCCCGGUUUGCCACCAUACUUCAAGAAUUCACCCGAGCAAGGACCGCUCCCCAACGGAAAGGAGGUUUCUUUGCAUGACUCAGACACAAUAGUGGCUUCCUCGCCAUCGUGCCAGCUGUGUCAUAUUUGUCAAACCCGCUGCAUCGAUUGUGCCAACCAGAUUAGUCAGCAGGGAAAUUCCAAGACUUCGAGCUCAUUUAUCUGCGCUCCUGUGCAGCCCAAACCCGUGAUCGAUCCAACGCAAACUAGCGCCCGGCCUAUAACGCGACGUCCCUGGCGUACCGGUCGUCCAUCACACGGACCAAAAACAGCUCCGGUAAAACUGCAAGGAUCGGCUAAAGGCAAGCACACGGAGGAGAUGAAACAGGUGUAUGGUGGAAAAGGUGGCAAAGAAUGUAAGAACCAACCGACCACCACAACUGGCAAGAGUCGCAUCUCUGCGGGACAAAUUCGGAAAAGCUAUAAUGCGAACCUACGGCAGAUCAAGCGUCAGAAUCGCAAACUUUAUUCCUACCGCUUCGGAAAGCGUCAUCCGGGUAUUGUGGUUGGACAUCGAACCUGCAUGCGACAGGACCCUCUAGUUCCACCACACAUGGGCUGGCAGUGGGACAUUUGUCCACCCGGUAUAGACAAACGGCGGCCAGGUUGGCGACCGGGGGCAGUUCGCCAGCCCAUAAAGCAAUUGAUGCAACACUUCCUCAAAUGCUACCCCCUGGACAAUUUACCUGUGUCGAAGAAAAAAUCCGUCGGCUUCCAUACCGAAGAUCCGGCACAAGGUGACCACAAGCAAAAGCCAACACUGCACAUCACGAAGCAGAACGGUGUGUACUCGAUAACGAUGAAUCCGCUCAAGGAUUCGGACACGCUUAAAACCACGGACGAUCCGUAUCUACCCUGCAAACCGAUCAAGUUCAAACUGGUCAAAGAUCCGCACCGUACCAAGCUGUACCAGCUGCGUGAUACACUCAAGCGCAAAGGUCUACCGCUGUGCGGAUGUAAGGAGCUGACCGACUGUGAGCACUGUACUGAUCGGGAGAAACGCAUUAUAACGGAGGAGAUACGCCGCUCGGCCAAGGUGUUAGGACUGCCGGCAAAAACGAACAUCAGUGAUGUGCCAAGCGGAAGUGAAAGUGAGCUUGACGUAGAGUUUACGCCCCCGUCAGCCAUUAUCCGACCGGACGCACACAAGCCGGACGUUGCGGUGGCAGAAACGCAGUACAAUAUCCAGGACUUUCAACUAAAACCGAUUGCUGAUGGGAAGGACAUCAAAUCUAAAGCUUCCACCCGUGGUGGAGUAUCAAACCAGGGGAAAGGUGACGCAGCUCCGGGCUCGAAAGCCGUGACCCAAAAAGGAGGCACCGGAAAGAAGGCGGGUGGAGGAGCUGCUGGUGCUCCAGAUGCGUCAAACACCAAAGUUCGCAUAUCGGUCGCAAAAGCGAAAGGUUCUGGAGGUGUAGCGAAGGGGAACGAGCCCGCCGGAAAGGGCAGCAAAAACACGGACGGGGCUGACCUGUCGCGGACCACCCAAGGACAGCAGGGACGGCCAAGGCAGGGAGGAGCUGGUGCUGUUGGAGAAGGUACGGGCGGCGGCUCCAAUCAGCGCUCCACCAACGGUAAGAAUACCGGCAGCAGCAACAGCACCAAGGUUCACGUUCAACAGCGGAGUACCCUGUCAAAGGCGAAGCCAAACGGGAUAGACAGUGCGUUAGUUUGCCAACGAAAUCCGGUGGGACCACAGUCACUCAUGGUGGGAUGUUGCCCAACGGUCACUUACUGUUGCUAUUCCACACAAUGCUUACCUUGAGCACUGAACUCAUCACACCAUUCACUGACUUUUGAAUCGGAAUCGAUAGGAAGGGUAUCGCAAAAUCGAUCUCCACCUGGUGAAUCAGCGCGGGAAAGAGUGUUACAAAAUUUGAAGUUUAUUUUAAAACUGCCCGCUUGAUGUAAAAAUGCAAGAACCAACGAUCAUACCUACCUCAAUGCUGUUGUCCUUCGUUUCGAACGAUAUGAACCGAGGCUCUCGGCGCCAUCCUGCCUUGGAAGCUCUUGCCCGUGGGCGUAACGUCGUGUGGGAAUAGUCUAGCGUGUAGAACCGAUCGUCUUCCGUAGCUGGACCAUAGACUCUGCCCCAGUGGUUGGUCCCGGUAGUGGUAUCGUUUGUUGUCGGUCCACAAAACACUGUCGGAGCCUGCUUGGACAACAACACUGCCAGUGCGAGAAUUGACACGGUGAGCAUCAUCGUCGUCGUCGUCCUAUCGGUUCCAGUGCAAUUGGCAAACUGGCGCAUAGCGCAAAUUGUGGCCCUGAAUUCGUCCCUCCAAAAACACCAGGACCAGGAAAAUGUGUGACAUGGUUUUUCGAUUUCAUCCUCCAUACCUUUUUCCUUCUCACAGUCUAGCGCAUAUGAAAUGGUGUGGAAUCAUUCGCGCGGGCGAACGAUUUAUCAUCAUCACGAUCGCGUUUUGUAUUAUGCAGUGCAGGAUGGUAAACAAUUCACGCUUCGAAAGCAAACUAUGAAGUGAUGAUCGUUUUUCCGUACUUACGACACACGGUCUGGAACACAGGGUACGGUUGAUGAGAAAACGGGAUCGACCAGUUGGUAGGUAUGUUUGUGUCUCUGAUUAUGUUGACUGCCACAACGACAUGCUGCAUGACUUUGAUGUCACAGUGCAAUGCCAUUGUAGGGCAGUUAUGUCUUGAAAGUGCAACGCCUGUUACAUACGCAGGUUGGUUGUGUAACUAAGAUAUAUGGCGAAUAGCAGCCGUGUCGCUGACCUUUUGGUAGUGCAGUUUAAGGAGACGGCUUCAGCAUUGGCUUCGAGUGUCUCUAAUUCCUGGCUUCUAUUAAUUGGUUGUUCUUCUUCCUAGCUUAAUGACCUGCGAAAUUACGCCAACCAUAGACUUCUAGUAAGUCUAUAAUAUUCGGCAUUAACUACGGGGAAACGAUGAGUUUCGAAAUCUGGUUGGAUUUCCUGACAGUUCUGCCGUGUGAAGACCGGCGCCUGCAAUCACCUCUAUCACCGAGUCGCCCAUUUUUGGCUUGAUUAUAAUUUUUCAGACGAUUUGACCGUUACAGCUCAAGCAGUAUUGGUAACAGUGUUUUUGUGUUGAUGCAAUAUCAAAUAAUAUGGCCCAAAAACUUGUUUAUUCUUACCGCACACAAAUGCACUUGUGUUAGUAACACAAACACCUAUCACAGUUUAACCUACCGACCUUUGCCACACUUGCCAGACACUACUGUAGAAUGAAACGUGGAAGGGAGAGAUAAUUUCACGGAUAGUGACAAAAGCUUUGGCGGAGGAAAUUAAAGUGAACCUCACACACGAUUCAACGCUGUACGAUGACACAGAUGUUGUCAUUAUGUCACUGCACUCGCUCAUGAACAAUUAAAUGAUGCAAUAAUUGGGUGGAAUUGUGUAUUUGGCUUGUGCUCUGCUUUUAGUUUCUGACGCAGAACUAACUUUAAUAAGCUCUGGAUAUUAGAAGCCCUACAAAUGUAUAGUUUUAGCUGAAGUUAUUUUUCAAAAAAUUAAAAAAAUCAAAAGCAGAUCAUGCAGUAGCA